AUUUGUCUUUACACCGGCUCUUACCGUGCCGAAUAGUUAAGACCUGAGAAAUCGGCGAGCCCGGCCACUAACCUUCCCUGGUCAAAGAAGUAAAAAGCCGGGUUAUAAAAGGUCAAGUGACGCAUUCGGCGAACGCAGGUUUGACAAAUGGAGACCCACCCUUAAUAUUAAAAUGCAAAAUGAUCGACAUGGUUCACCAUACAGUGUAACGCAAACGAAAGAAGGAAAUAAAUUUAAAAAAGCCAUUUCAAGGGAAUCGAGAAAGCAUGUUAGUGGUAAAACGGAGAAUUUAAACCAUGCCUGAACUUUUGAAGCAAAAUUACCGUGAGCAGUUGACCAUCUGGAUAGGAAAGACAUGUCACUUCCGGUUGUUGUACAAGAUCAGCAGAGAUGGAUGUUCAAACACAACCUUCCAUCAGAAGUGUGACGGUCAGGGUCCUACGGUAACGGUUCUAUACAACACUAACAACACGAUAUUUGGGGGGUACCUGUCACAGAGCUCGAACUCCAAUAACAGUUAAAUCAGUGAUGCCAGGGCAUUUCUGUUCCGACUGCAGUAUAAUGGUUCGUCCAAUCAACUGAAAGCCCCUGUCAAUAGCUCCAAUUAUGAUCAGGCUGGAUUAGGGAAUCAAGAUCAUGGUCCAUCCUUUGGAUGCAAUAGUGAUUUACGGACAUUUAAAGGGAAUAUUUCAAAGUCUGGAAAAGAGUUUGCAUUGAAUGGUUGUCUGAAUAUGAAUAACAAUAAUAACUUCAGUUACGGCGGGCAGAAUACCAACUCUAUGACAAACAACAAUCUGAGGGUUACAGAUUUGGAGGUCUACCUUGUCGUAGAUGGCCAAGGACCAAAAGUUUUUGAUAAACCUUGGAGAGAACCUCCUGAAUGGAAAACAGAGACUUCUGAGAAACUGAGGCUAUCUCUGAAUCUAGGUCAUCUGACUGAAUCUGAAAAGAAGAAAAGUAAGAAGAAAUGA